AUGCGUCUCAAUCUACACUCAACACAGCAGUAUGCCAAGAGACUCGACGAGUUCCUGCGGCUUCCAUUCCCAGGAUGUUACCACCUGGGAAUGCGAAAUGAGCAGCUGAUUGUAUUUCAACUUUUAUUUGACCACAGUUGCAAUGAGGAUAGAAUCACCCCAGUGCACCAAGCGGCCAGUGAGGGACAUGUCCAGUGUCUAAAGCUCCUGAUUGAACACGGCGCCGAUGUUCAUGCAAGAGACUGCCGUGACAAUACACCACUAGACCUGGCAAAACUGUGGGGCCAUAGAAAAUGUGCAAGAAUCCUGGCAGCCGAGAUGUGGCAUCAGAACAAGGACUAUGUUGCUAAAGAACUGUCGCAACUGAAGAAACUGAAGAUGCAGCACGUGCUUCAGGAAAUUGAAAGAUGCCAAAAGAUGCCAUUCAAAAGGAGGUGGCUAAAGAUCCAAGCAGUCAUAAACGUCCAAUUGUGUUUAAGCCCAAGUGCAUCUAUGAUGUUGUCACAAAGCCACACUCAACAACGUCUGAUUGGAUCGGCUGCAUUUUGGAACUCGAAGUAUAGAAUGGUAGAUGAGUCAGAAGCAUCAUGCAGCAGUGGGUCCCCUAAUCUGGAUGCUUUCCCUCGAGAGCUGGUAGCCAACACAAUCAAACAGAUGUCCAAGCCAGAUUGCUUUCCCAACAUACAAGGACCAGAGUAUGAGAUUAACUUUGGAGACAUCAGUGGAGUGUUUUGAUCUGUUAGAUGCCAGUUCUUUCACCAGAUUGUUAAAAAGGUGUAAAAUGAUGAUGGUGUGAAAUAGGCUUUAGUGGAAAAUAAUAUAUAAUGCUGCAUAAUGAAGGUAAUUUUUCCAAAGUGGGCUGCUGUGUUUCUGAGAUCAA